AGUCACCCCUCCUCACUUUCUCACCUCUCUCUCUCACUCUCUUUCACCAUGAAGUUCUCCAUCAUCGCCUCGGCCGUCGUCUCGACCAUUCUCUUCACAGCCCCCUCGGUCUCUGCCCACGUCACCGCAAACCCCAAUAUCGCCGUCUCGAACUCAUACUUCCAGACCAACUUCCGCGUCCCUCACGGUUGCAACGGCAACAGCACCGACCUGGUCAUUGUCGAGAUCCCCAAGGGCGUCACCUCCGUCAAGCCCCACGCGGUCCUCCCCUGGAACACAACGAUCAACAUGGUUCCCCUGGACGUGCCCAUCGUCACUCCCGACGGCACCAUCAACACCACCGUCGGAUCCGUGACCUGGUCCAACGGUCAACUGCUCGAUAGCAUGUACGAGGAUUUCGGCCUCCAGUUCAAGUUGCCUGCCAUGACUGGCCCCCUCUACUGGAACGUUUACCAGCACUGUGUGAACAACGAAUGGAACAACUGGACCAGUGUCCCCGACGCGAACGGAAAGACUACGGGAUUCCCUGCUGCGGUCAUCAAUGUCUCGAACUCGACCACCACCCCCUCCGCUGGCGCCGUUACUUCUCCAACGAACCAGCCUAGCGCUGCCGCCGCUGGAUUCGGUUCUUCAUGGGGACAUGUCGUUCUUGCGGGCGCUGGUGCCGUCUUGAUGGCUAUGGUCUAAAGAAAGAAAGAAAGAAAAAAAAAAAAAAAAAAAAAAA